GUUAGUGUAAUGAGUCAGUGAUAUCUGUUUGUCCUUUGUUCUUGUGUUAGUGAAAGUUUGAAAUGAGUGAGGAAUCUAGAAAGGAACGUCGGGUCCUGGUGGCCGUGGACGAAAGCGAUGAGAGCAUGUAUGCUCUUUCUUGGAGCCUCAAGAACAUAAUUUUCCAGAAUUCCAGUGAUACCCUUAUCCUUCUAUACGUCAAGCCCCAUCAUCAUGACGCUUAUGCCACCUUUGAUUCCACAGGCAUAAUGGAUGAUCCUCAAACACCAGGACAUGUGCUUUCUCCGGAAGCAAGCGCAGCCAUAAAGAAGUAUAGUCAAGAUGUGGUCGAUUGCGUGUUACAGAAAUCGAAGAGAAUGUGUAAAGAUCUUGAAAACGUAAAGGUGGAGACACAGAUUGAGAGCGGAAACCCAAAGGACGUGAUCUGUGAGAUGUCUCGGAAGUUGAAUGCUGACUUGCUAGUUAUGGGUAGCCACGACUAUGCAGCUAUGAAGAGGGCUUUCUUUGAUAGUGUGAGCGAAUACUGCUCCCAGAACGUGAAGUGCCCAGUUCUGAUUGUGAGGAAGCGAAAACCAUAUGCAGGUUCUGGGAACUAAUAUGUCAGUUUUCCCUUUAGAGUAGCUUUUUGUAAGAAGAUCUUGUCAUGUGGUUGAUGUUAAAGCUUCACGUAAAGGCUUUUAUUUUUUGUCUUGGACAAAAAUAUCUUUGAGAACUGUGAUUGUCGUAGCUUGUAGAGUCUUGAUUUGGAUAAAUUCGGACCAUUGGUGGGCUACUGGUGAAUGCAAGUCUGAUAUAGUUUGAGCAAGAAAA